GAAGUGUGAUACAGACCAUUUACCAUAACUGUCCACAUUGAUCAUCGCAGAAAGAAUUAUCUACUAUUUCAAAUUGAAUAAUUAUCCGCUGUGCGAGAUAGAACUCUACGUUCCAUUUCGUGAAAGUAUUUUCGUGAAAAAAUGUGUACUCAAACGAAGGCUGCUGCUCUCAUUGCGAACAUUCCAGAGGCAGAAAUCGACCCGACUGGUGUGUUCAAAUACGUUCUCAUUCGAGUACACAGUAAAGAAGACGGCGACGACUCGAGCGUAGAUAUUGUACGUGGAUAUGCCUGGGCCGAAUAUCAUGCUGAUAUCUAUGACAAGGUAGCAGAGGAGCUUGAGAAAGGAGGGCACCUAGAUUGUGAAUGUAUUGGAGGAGGAAGGAUUAAGCAUGACUGCCAGUCAAAGAAGAUCCACGUCUAUGGCUACUCCAUGGGCUUCGGAAAAGCAAAUCACGCUGUUUCCACAGAGAAACUGAAGGUGCGCUACCCUAAAUACGAGAUCACCUGGGCUGAUGAGGGAUAUUGACCUACACUGGACCCGUCUUGGUUCAGGCCUAUCUCCUUUCUGUGUCAAUAAGUGUGGGCCAAUAGUACACAGCAGAACCUCAGUGGCAUCACAUUAUGUGAGAUCUGAAGACAAACCUGUCAGUACAAAGCUGAAACUGGGACUAAGACUGACACAGUACAGAACAACAGUGCUUGAUUUUCUAUUUUGUUUCAGUGAAACAAUAGAUGGAAAACAUAUUACUUAACAGAAGUCGUUUUAUGUUUAAACAUAAAAUGAAUAAAUGCUUGCGUUGAUUUAAUAAAUGGUAAUGUAUGCUUUAUUAACAUGAAGUCAUGAAGCUAAGGACAUUUACAUCAUACAAUACCGGUACCUGAACAGGAUAAAGUAUGAAAUUCCAUCUCCGGUCAUGGAAUCAGAACUAUUAUCAUGUUGAGCAAUGUCAAUUUCAAAACACAGGGGAAGUAACGCACUCCAUCUUUCAAAAUAAUUUCCUCUGGUUUCAGAACAGAAAAACUCCUCUGUCAUAACUUUUGUCUACUUUAUCGCACUGUGCGUUCAUGUUGUUUUGUCAGCCAGUUAACUUUAAACUGCUGAUCAACCGCUACGUGGGUAAUGUGGGUAUCAAAUAAGGUCAGGUGAACUCGGUGAUCUGAAAUGCAUUAACCUCCGAUGUUGCCAUACAGCUACCAUGCAGCUGUGCCAAACAAUGUUAGGCAUGUAAGAGCUGUCACACUACCACAUAAGAGGUCAACUGAUUAUGAUUUUAACGCCAAUACCGAUUAUUGGAGGACCAAAAAAGGCAAAUGCUGAUUAAUCGGCAUAUGUGUGUGUGUGUGUAUGUGUGUGUGUGUGUGUAUAUAUAUAUAUAUAUAUAUAUAUAUAUAUAUUUAUUUAUUUGUAAUGAAUGAUAAUUACGACAAUACUGAAUAAAGAAUGAACACUUAUUUUAAUUUUAAUAUAAUACAUAAAAUCCAUUUAGUCUCAAAUAAAAAAUGAAACAUGUUCAAUUUGGUUAAAAUAAUGCAAAAACAGUGUUGGAUAAGAAAGUAAAAGUGCAAUAUGUUCCAUGUAAAAAAGCUAAUGUUUAAGUUCCUUGCUCAGAACAUGAGAACAUAUGAAAGCUGGUGGUUCCUUUUAACAUGACUCUUCAAUAUUACCAGUUAAGAAGAUUUAGGUUGUAGUUAUUAUAGGAAUUAUAGGACUAUUUCUCUCUGUACCAUUUGUAUUUCAUAUACCUUUGACUAUUGGAUGUUCUUAUAGGCACUUUAGUAUUGCCAGCCUAAUCUCAGGAGUUGAUAGGCUUGAAGUCAUAAACAGCGCAGUGCAUCCCAGCAUUGCGAAGAGCUGCUGUUUGAGUGAAUGCUUACUUGCUGCCUACCACCGCUCAGUCAGACUGCUCUAUGAAAUAUCAAAUCAUAUACUUAAUUAUAAUAUAAUAAACACACCAAAAUACGCGCCUUUGGUCAUUAAUAUGGUAAAAUCCGGAAACUCUAAUUUCGAAAACAAAAUGUUUAUUCUUUCAGUGAAAUACGGAACCGUUCUGUAUUUUAUCGAACGGGUGGCAACCCUGUCUAAAUAUUAUGUUUACAUUGCACAACCUUCAAUGUUAUGCCAUCAUUUUGUAAAAUUCUGACAAAUUAAUGACGGUCUUUGUUAGGAAUAAAUAGCCUUUCAACAGUUCGCAACAAGCCAGGCGGCCCAAACUGCAUAUACCCUGACUCUGCUUGCACUGAACGCAAGAGGAGUGACACAAUUUCCCUAGUUAAUAUUGCAUACUAACAUUAAUUUAUUUUAACUACAUAUGCAGGUUUAAAAAUAUAUACUUGUGUAUUGAUUUUAAGAAAGGCAUUGAUGUUUAUAGUUAGGUACAUUGUUGCAACGAUUUAGCUUUUUUCACGAAUGCGCUUUUCUUAAAUCAAGUUGAAGUAGGCUGUGAUUCGAUGAUAAAUUAAAAGGCACCGCAUUGAUUAUAUACAACGCAGAACAAGCUAGCUAACCUAGUAAUAUCAUCAACCAUGUGAUUAUGUGAAGAUUGAUUGUUUUUUAUAAGAUAAGUUUAAUGCUAGCUAGCAACUUACCUUGGCUCCUUGCAGCCACAGUGUCCUUUUGAUGCUGCACUCGCGUAACAGGUGAUCAGCCUGCCACUCUUCAUGGAUUGCAAUGUAAUCGGUGUCCAAAAGGCUGAUUACUGAUUGUUAUGAAAACUUGAAAUCGGCCAUGAUUAAUCGGUCAACCUCUAGUAUGUGUAUAUAAAAAAUGUACAAAAUAUGGCAAGUCUACACUCAAUCAAGGACCUAAAAUAUACACCCUUAAUAAAGAUGAGCAAAAAUGACAGUGUAAAAUAAAUAAUUAAAAUACUGAGGUAUAUUGUAUGCUAAAAAAAAGUAGGAAAAUGCUUACAUUUUAUACUAAUACAAUUGCUCAGAGAAGUAAAUGUUUAACAAAACCUAUAUUUUUUUCUCAAAAUGAUAGGCAUUAAAAUUGACACUAGAGGUCUUCUGGGAUCCACCUGUACCAAAUCGAAUGUCAUAUGUGAAAACGCCCUAAAUAAUUUCAUGGGUCUGAUAUGAUUUGCACGGGUCUCUGGUACAGUGCCUUGCGAAAGUAUUCGCCCCCCUUGAACUGCGACCUUUUGCCACAUUUCAGGCUUCAAACAUAAAGAUAUAAAACUGUAUUUUUUUGUGAAGAAUCAACAACAAGUGGGACACAAUCAUGAAGUGGAACGACAUUUAUUGGAUAUUUCAAACGUUUUUAACAAAUCAAAAACUGAAAUAUUGGGUGUGCAAAAUUAUUCAGCCCCCUUAAGUUAAUAAUUUGUAGCGCCACCUUUUGCUGCGAUUACAUCUGUAAAUCGCUUGGGGUAUGUCUAUCAGUUUUGCACAUCGAGAGACUGAAAUUUUUUCCCAUUCCUCCUUGCAAAACAGCUCGAGCUCAUUGAGGUUGGAUGGAGAGCAUUUGUGAACAGCAGUUUUCAGUUCUUUCCACAGAUUCUCGAUUGGAUUCAUGUCUGGACUUUGACUUGGCCAUUCUAACACCUGGAUAUGUUUAUUUUUGAACCAUUCCAUUGCGGAUUUUGCUUUAUGUUUUGGAUCAUUGUCUUGUUGGAAGACAAAUCUCCGUCCCAGUCUCAGGUCUUUUGCAGACUCCAUCAGGUUUUCUUCCAGAAUGGUCCUGUAUUUGGCUCCAUCCAUCUUCCCAUCAAUUUGAACCAUCUUCCCUGUCCCUGCUGAAGAAAAGCGGGCCCAAACCAUGAUGCUGCCACCACCAUGUUUGACAGUGGGGAAGAUGUGUUCAGGGUGAUGAGCUGUGUUGCUUUUACGCCAAACAUAACGUUUUGCAUUGUUGCCAAAAAGUUCAAUUUUGGUUUCAUCUGACCAGAGCACCUUCUUCCACAUGUUUGGUGUGUCUCCCAGGUGGCUUGUGGCAAACUUUAAACAACACUUUUUAUGGAUAUCUUUAAGAAAUGGCUUUCUUCUUGCCACUCUUCCAUAAAGGCCAGAUUUGUGCAAUAUACGACUGAUUGGUGUCCUAUGAACAGAGUCUCCCACCUCAGCUGUAGAUCUCUGCAGUUCAUCCAGAGUGAUCAUGGGCCUUUUGGCUGCAUCUCUGAUCAGUCUUCUCCUUCUAUGAGCGGAAAGUUUAGAGGGACGGCCAGGUCUUGGUAGAUUUGCAGUGGUCUGAUACUCCUUCCAUUUCAAUAUUAUCGCUUGCACAGUGCUCCUUGGGAUGUUUAAAGCUUGGGAAAUCUUUUUGUAUCCAAAUCCGGCUUUAAACUUCUUCACAACAGUAUCUCGGACCUGCCUGGUGUGUUCCUUGUUCUUCAUGAUGCUCUCUGCGCUUUUAAUGGACCUCUGAGACUAUCACAGUGCAGGUGCAUUCAUACGGAGACUUGAUUACACACAGGUGGAUUGUAUUUAUCAUUAGUCAUUUAGGUCAACAUUGGAUCAUUCAGAGAUCCUCACUGAACUUCUGGAGAGAGUUUGCUGCACUGAAAGUAAAGGGGCUGAAUAAUUUUGCACGCCCAAUUUUUCAGUUUUUGAUUUGUUAAAAAAGUUUGAAAUAUCCAAUAAAUGUCGUUCCACUUCA